GAUACGGUUUGUGUUGUAUCUCAUCUGCGCGGCGUACGUGGUGGUAGUGGGGUCUUUCUAUCUCUUGAAUCAAACCGUCGUUUUCGGUCUUUCUGUUCCUUCCGUUCCAGUUUACUCGUCGCUAUGGCGCCAAAGGAAGCAGCGAAGAAGGCGGAGAAGAAGCCCGUCAAGGCGGAGAAGAAGGUUGUGAAGGAGGGUGGCAAGAAGAAGAGAGUAAAGAAGUCGACGGAGACGUACAAGAUGUAUAUCUACAAGGUUCUCAAGCAGGUUCAUCCUGACACUGGUAUAUCGAGUAAGGCGAUGAGCAUUAUGAACAGUUUCGUGAACGACAUUUUCGAGAAGUUGGCUGCCGAGUCGUCAAGGCUGGCAAGGUACAAUAAGAAGCCAACCAUUACUUCUCGGGAAAUUCAGACUGCUGUGCGGCUUAUUCUGCCUGGAGAGCUGGCAAAGCAUGCGGUGUCGGAGGGAACCAAGGCCGUCACGAAGUUCACAAGCGCUUGAGCUUCUUCUUUCACGCUGCGCCGCCUUCUCUCCUCGUGGUGCGCUUUCUAUUCAUGGUGUUUUUUAACACCACCUAUAUGUUCAUGGAUAUUUGUCUCCCCUGAUGUUGCACGUUGGUGUCGCUUGAGCUCUGGAUGCGAUCCAGGAAAGAUGCGCUGCCGCAGCUCUGGAGCGAAAGGGUUUUGAUCAGUGAGUACGCUGUGUUUCUUGACGAUAUUCUUUCUCGGGGAGCGAAUUUGGUCUGCUACAGAGUGACGUAUCGCGUGUACUCUAUUGUGCGGUUUCUCUGUUGUGGGCGUGCUCUAUUUUGCGAGUUUCCUGUUGUCCGUGAGUUGCCCCAUUUGCGAGUUCUCGAUUGUGCGCGUUCUCUAAUUUGCGUCUUUUCUGUUGUGCGUGGGCUGUAGUUACGCUUUGUCUGGACCAGUCAUUGGAGUCGUGCACUACUGUUUCGCUGUAAACGUCGUUAUUACGUCAUUAGUGAAACGUCAAAUCGCGCUCUUGUCCUCUCCUUGAAGUGCGUUUGUAAAGGUGUUCGUAUACUACGAAUCGAAUUGCGCGCCGGGUUCCUAGGGAUCGACUCUUGCGAGAGCAUGUGAUGUCCCGAGGUAUUUCCCCUGGAGGAGAGAGAGAGAGAGAGAGAGAGAGAGAGAGAGAGAGAGAGAGAGAGAGAGAGAGAGAGAGAGAGAGAGAGAGAGAGAGAGAGCGGUGAAAUUUAGGUUUUAGACGCCAGAAGCGUGGUGUAAUGUGAUGAGCCCUAUUUUGACCGUACAGAAUUUCUGAUCGGAUCGCCCCUGGUCUUUCUUGGAGGGUGGACAAGGUGGUGUAUAUAAGAGAGAGAGAGAGAGAGAGAGAGAGAGAGAGAGAGAGAGAGAGGUUCGUCUAGGCGAUUGAUCGGGGUUGAAAUGCUGAGCUCAGGUAAUCACCCGCGACACAACAGAUGGGGGACGAGUAUCAGAGCUUGACAGAUGGGGGACGAGUAUCAGAGCUUGGACGUCGGACAGCAAAUGGGGGGCGAGGAUCAGAUCGUGGACACUGGAUAUCGACUUGUUUGUGCAAACUUUCAUCCGCGAAUGCCCAACGCCUGUCUCUGUGUGCCUAACAUGCCACGAGAAAUGGAUUAUACCACCCGAUCCUGAACUCUCUUCUUGUCACGAUAUCGACGUGUUUGUGCUGUUUUCGGUCACGUGUGCUCCGCAUGGCAGAGUUAGGUUCACAGGUUGCAGUACAUCUGUUUAUAAAAGAGGUUGGCAACGAAGUAUAUUGUAAUUAGAGAGAGAGAGAGAGAGAGAGAGAGAGAGAGAGAGAGAGAGAGAGGUUGGAGUGGAGAAUGCAGAGUGACUUGAAUUGUGCAUGAGGAUACAGAUCAAGCCGGAUGGCAUGCCAUAUGGUGCUGGAGUUAGGCCAUUUGUCGAAAAGUGCUCGUACGGCUUAUUCAUGCUAGCACAACGGGACGAUUGUGGUUGAGGUUGUUCAGGACGGUAGUUGACCUGCCUUUAGCUGUUCAUUUCUCUCUGUUGGACACUCGUACACAGGGUGCUGGAAAAUGGAUUUAGUAAUUUGGUGCAAAAUAGAGCGGCGGCUUCAGCUGCCUGCGGAAUCGGUUGUGGAAUUGCGGCGCGCAGUGCAUUCUCGCACUACACUAGGGUUGAAUAUGUAUCUGGUCGCAACCACGUCAAGGCGUUGAUGUUUAUGAGUGUACCAGUUUCCACUGCAGUAUGCCCUCACAGAAAAGAAGCGCUCGAAAGUGCCAGUUCGGGUCGACCGAUCUUUAUUAAGUAUUUUUUUUUGGGAGUAAUGCCUCGUUCGUUUGGUUCCAUCAUGUGGAUUCGUACUUGGAUCUUAAUUUUGACAGUUCUGGAGUGUCUCGUCUGAGCUAGGUGUAGUUGGUGACCGAUGUGUUUUCUCUUACAAUACACACGUGGCUGGCAGUCGUUGAACUUGUAUCCAAAUGUGCAAAAUGAGACCGAAUCUCUGCGAGAACACGGAAAGAUACGUUGCUGUAUUUUGUCUUGUGUGUGUGUGUAGUGUAGCGAGGGCCGAUGUGCUUCCUCAUCUGAUUUGUCUCGUCUGUAUCUUCUGGGACAUCUUCUCAGGGUAAACUUAGGGUCUCUCUCCUCUACUCGAAUGUGCAGAAUGAGGAUGUAUCUUCUGCCCCAGAAUGGGAACUGUACCACGUUCUUUUGUCUUUCCAGAAUGUGGUGUUAUGGAGCGAGAUCAUUGCACACCGAGACCGUAAUCACGGAGGCUUACAGCGUUUGAUUCUGGCAGCGAAUGUGCAGACCGAGGAUAAUUUUCCCCCUUGAGGUGGCGAACUGUUCAUUUCUAUUUAUUUAUUUGUGUUUUUUCUUUCAUUCGCAGGGCCAUGCUAAUCUUAUUUGUAUCGUUUAUCUAACGGAUGUCCCGAAGGAGUUUUCAAUUCUAGUGCGCUAUGUUGGUGGCUAGAAAUCGCGAACCUGCCCAUUUUCUUUGUCACGAAGAAACUGACCAUGUUCUCCUCUGUUCUUUUCUUUUGUUAUUUCGUUCCUUGUUUCCCUAUUUCCUUUAUUGUGUUUGUCUUCUUCCCUUUCUUCUUUUUUUUUGAAAGGGCGACUACUUUCCAGAUAUUACCGUCGAACUGACCAGGCCUGCAAGGUAAUUCAGAAUUAUAGAAUUUCACUCAUCUGUUUCAAGUGGAGUUCCAACUAAGGUCUGUGUUUCAACAGUUGAAGGGGUGUGCCGACUGACCUUGGUUAGUUGGUUCUCCUCUAGGUUUGUCCCCUAAAGAUGAGAAUUGCAGCAGGGUAGGUGUCUGAGGUACAGGUUCUACAGAUGCUAUGGUCGUGGCAUGAAAGUAUGAACCUAGACGCAAUUCCUCCCUCUGGACGUGUGACUUUUCCCAAAAAGACAAAUUAAACAUGAAAGCAGCUAUACUACGUGCGUGCGGCUCUGACUCUGGAGGUCGAUGUCAGCGCGGAAUUGUUCGGCCAAUGAGAUUGCAACAUGCCAGCCUCUUAGCGAUUAUUAUUGUUAUAAACUUAUUUUUAUUAGUUUAAGCAGCUUUAUCCCUUCAUCUUAUUGGCUAACGAGUGUCGUAACAAAGCGCUCUAUCACGA